CCUUGCUUUGUUUGCAAUCCCACCCUCUCUCUUCCAGUAUCUAUCUAUCUGGCAUACACAUCCCUAGCCUGUCACUAGCCACAUCAGAAGAGGAGCAUGGCACUGAGGGGGCCACUUCUUCCUCCUCCUAUGGGCAUCCUGUGCUUUGCCAGUCUUUCCCUGCUGGUGCAGCUGGUCCAGGGCACAGGCUGGGUGAGCAGGAGUACUCGGGAUCUACAGGAGGCAGAGAGCAGAGUUGAUGGAGAUGGGGUUACUAAGGAUGCUUAUGCUUCAGCUGGUCGCUUUGGGAGGGCUACAAGCUCAGAUCACAUCUCACUGCUCAGCACCUCGUUUGUGCUCAAGGGGGAUGCAUCUCACAACCAAGCCAUGGUGCACUGGACCGGGGAGAACAGCAGCGUCAUCCUCAUACUGACUAAGUACUAUCACUCUGACAUGGGGAAGGUCCUCGAGAGCUCUUUAUGGAGGUCCUCAGAUUUUGGAACUACAUACACAAAGCUAAACCUGCAGCCUGGAGUCACUACAGUGAUUGACAAAUUCUACAUCUGCCCCAGCAACAAGAAGAAGAUUAUUCUCGUCAGCUCCUCCGUGUCUGAACAAUGUCUUUUCACAAGCAGCGAUGAAGGGGCGACCUUUCAAAAACAUGUCAUUACCUUCUCUGUGGAGACCCUCACUUUUCAUCCAAAGGAGGAGGACAAGUUACUUGCUUACAGCAAAGAUGCCAAGCUUUAUGUCUCAGUAAAUCUCGGGAAACAAUGGGAUCUUUUGCAAGAACAAGUCACCAAAGAACAUAUUUUCUGGUCUGUUGCUGGAGUAGAUACAGAUCCAAGUCUGGUCCACAUGGAGAUACAAGAUAUAGAUGGAGGUUAUCGAUAUGUGACAUGCCAGAUUCAAAACUGCUCUGACAAAACGCUAGCAUUUCAGUUCAGUGGGGACAUCGAUCGCAGCUCUUUGACUGUACAAGAUGAUUACAUCUUUCUUAAGACAACAGCAGGAAACCAGAGUAAAUACUACGUGUCAUACCGACGGAACGACUUUGUGCCAAUGAAACUACCGAAAUACGCACUUCCAAAGGAUUUACAAAUCAUCAGCACGGAUGAAAACCAGGUGUUCAUUGCCGUUCAAGAAUGGUAUCAAACAGACACCUACAACCUGUAUCAGUCGGAUCCACAAGGAGUCUAUUACUCCAUCAUUCUGGAGAAUGUGAGGAGCACUAAGCAACCAGAGGAAAACGUCCUGAUAGAUGUUCUAGAGGUCAGAGGAGUUAAAGGUGUUUUCUUGGCCAAUCAAAAAAUAGACGGUAAAGUGACAACACUUAUAACCUAUAAUAAAGGUCGCGAUUGGGAUUAUCUGACUCCACCAAGUGUGGACAUGACUGGCAAACAAACCAACUGCAAACCGCCUGAAUGCCACCUUCACCUUCAUCUCCGCUGGGCAGAUAAUCCUUACGUAUCAGGCACCGUCCAUACCAAGGACACAGCCCCAGGCCUGAUUAUGGGAGCCGGUAACCUGGGAUCACAAUUGGUAGAAUACAAGGAAGAAAUGUACAUAACAUCAGACUGUGGGAAGACAUGGAGACAAGUAUUUGAAGAAGAGCAUCACAUCUUAUAUCUGGAUCAUGGCGGUGUUAUUGUGGCCAUCAAAGAUACAUCCAUUCCUCUGAAAAUACUCAAAUUCAGUGUAGAUGAAGGUUACACGUGGAGCGUACACAAUUUCACCAGCACAUCUGUAUUUGUGGACGGACUUCUCAGUGAACCUGGAGAUGAGACUUUGGUGAUGACGGUGUUCGGACACAUCAGUUACCGAUCAGAAUGGGAGCUGGUAAAAGUUGACUUUAGACCCUCGUUCUUCAGAGAGUGCACCGAGGACGAUUAUGACUCCUGGAAUCUGUCUAAUAUACAGGGUGACCAAUGCAUCAUGGGUCAACAGAGAAGCUUCCGCAAGAGAAAGACAUCGUCAUGGUGCAUUAAGGGUAGGAGCUUUACCUCCGCCCUGACAUCAAGAAUAUGUCAAUGUGAAAGCACAGAUUAUGUGUGCGAUUAUGGCUAUGAACAAGAGGUUACCCAAAAACAAACUAGUAGAUGUUUUCCUGAUUUUUGGUUUAACCCCGAAUCUCCACCAGAAGACUGCACUGUGGGAGAAACCUAUACAAGUACAACUGGGUAUAGGAAAGUUAUAUCUAACCUGUGUGAAGGAGGCAUCGAUCUGCAGGAGAAUCUGAUACACUACCAGUGUCCUUUAAUCGCGCCAAAAGGUUUGAGAAUCACCGUCAGAGGAGACUCGAUGGCGGUGAAGUCUGGAGAAGACAUCACGUUUAUCGUACAGCAGGACCAGGGAGAUAUUGUUAACACUAAAUAUCAAGUGGAUUUGGGAGACGGAUUCAAGGCCAUUUAUGUGAACCUUACACUAACGGGUGAACCCAUCCGCCACCGCUACGAGAAUCCUGGAAUAUACAGGGUGUCUGUUAAAGCGGAGAAUGUAGCUGGACAUGAUGAAGCCAUCGUCUACGUGCAGGUCAUCACUUCUCUCCAAGCUUUACAUCUUGAAGUGAUGCCAGUCGCUGGCAAAAACCAAGAAGUAAAUUUGUCUGCUCUUAUACAGCCAAGCAAUGCCAACCUGUCUGUCUACUACUGGUGGAUCGGAAAUAACCUGCAGCCAUUCCUGACUUUGGACAAUUACCUCGUGACCAGAUUUGCUGAGGCUGGAGAGUUUAGAGUGACGGUGCAAGUCUUAUACUGGAACUCCAUGUUGCAAGACUCAAAAGUUAUCAGAGUGUUCGAUGAAUUCCAGGUUCUUCCACUUACAUUCAGCAAACACCUGGACAUGUAUAAUCCCAACAUCCCGGAGUGGAGAGAAGACAUCGGGCAAAUAGUAACACGACUCCUUGCAAAGGAGACAAAUAUUCCUGAUCAAACUCUGGUGACAGUGGUAAAGCCUGGAUUACCGACCACUGCUGACUUAUACCUACUACCGCCUACAAAUCAGCCAAAAAGGAAGAGAAGCGUUCCCACCGACAAGAGGAUAUCGGUGAUAAAACAAGCCUUGCUUGCUCAUAAUAUCACAUUCUUCCUCAGAGGUGGAUUUUGGGUUCUAGUAACAUUAAGUGACUCUGAAUCAGAGUCCCAGGCGAUUGGAGGAACAGGAGGGUAUUGGGCUAUAGUGAUUAUAUUCGCCAUCUGUCUUGUAGCUGUCGGAGCUUUCAUCCUUUAUAAGUUCAAGAGGAAAAUGCCAAACAGGAACGUCUAUGCUCAGAUGCACAAUGAGAAGGAGCAGGAGAUGACAAGUCCUGUGAAUCACAGUGAAGACACACAAAAUAUCAUCCAGGGAGAAGAGUUCAUCGAUGAUGACAUGGACACACAAACAUUAGGAAAUGCAAGAGGUAAUCACUCAGGAGUGGUUUUAAGUAUUAACUCCAGGGAAAUGCACAACUACCUGGUUAGCUGAUGUUUACAUAUGGAGACAAUCGUCACAGACUCUUCCCAAUAUUGUAAUAUUUCUCCCUGGUAAAUCAUCAGACUGGAUGAUCAGACUGUGAGAGCAAUCGGAGAAUUUGUUUCUAACCCGUUCUGAAGAUAUAAAACACGUCUGCUACUACGGAAGAGCAAUCAACCUACAUGUUUUAAGGACUCGUUUUCAUACGAAUUGUUACGAUUCAUAUUCAACUGGUAGCCAAUUUGUAACCCACAACAUAUUUUUGUGUUCUAUUCAUAUUAUGUGUACACUUUAUUACCUUUUACCUAGUUUUUUUGCUCCCAGCCCCAAGGUUCAAGUUUACUUUAGAAUACGGAUAUUUCCAACAUUUUUUUUUUUUUUUUACUCUCCUCCCUUAUACCUUUCCCCGGUUUCUGUAUAAAGACUACAUGCUCUGGGAAAGAACAGUGAUACAAGGAUACUGUAUUAAUAUGUCAGUAGUAUGUCCGCACAUAGGAUCAGUCUCUGCACUAUUUCACUACAGCACCUGAAAGUAGGAGGAUCUUCUCCCUAACAAUGGGGAUUCUGCACCAAAUGGUAAGACAUUCCAGACUGUGGUAUAGUGGUUGCAAAAAUUAACACAGGGCAAUGGUAUUUUUUUGUAUCUUUGAAAAAUAUUAAUAAAAUGUAAAAAAUUAAAAAAAUAAAUGAAGAUGUUAUUAUUCGAAUAUGACAAGUACAAGGUAAUACGUGGAUUUAAGUCAUUACACUUUCUACGAGUCAAGGGUUCUGUGCCACUUUAGGUAUUGAAUGUUAUUCUAAAUACAUAUUCAUUUUGC